CAACAGUUACAGCGCAGCAAAGAGGAAACGCCGUCAGGUGUUCACAGCACCGGUACCAUGGGCGGGACUAACAGAGACUUCACAAUGAAACCAACUUCAAACCUAUGUUCUUAACCAACGGGAUCUGAUCAAAAAAAAAAAAGAAAUACACACACAGUACAGCUGCUUAAAUCUGACGUCGCUCAAUACGAACGAGGAACCAGAAAUAAUUAACCACGCACUCUGAAUCUACAGACGGCUAAGGGUUAAACUGUUCCUGAGGCGUCGCUGCAAUGAGAUGCUAUUGGAAGAGAUCACUGAUGACUUUGGGCUCCCUGUCUCUCUUCUUCCUCCUCCUUCUGUUUGUCAGUCUGGGUCUGAGGACUGAGGAAGACAGCUUUGCCACUGAGGAGAGCAGGAGGUGGGCCAGAGAAGUGGCCAUGCGGCAGAUUUACUCUGAGAGGAACGGGGAGAACUUCAGGGAGCUCUGGAACUCCUCGCUACCCAUUAACAUCUCCUACAGUCACUUAGCUGGCUUUCCCAACCACGAAAAGAAGUACCUGACGGUAGGGCUGUCUUCGGUCAAGAGGAAGCGAGGGAAUUACCUCCUGGAGACGCUCAAGUCCAUCUUUGAGCAGUCCUCCAACGAAGAGCUGAAGGAGAUGGUGGUGGUCGUUCAUCUGGCCGACUUCGACCAGGCCUGGAACAGCAAGGUGGUGAAGGACAUCUCCAGGAAGUUCUCCCACCACGUGCUGUCGGGACACCUCAUAGUCAUCCACGCACCCCAGGAGCACUACCCCCCCCUGCAGGGGCUCAAGAGGAACUUCAACGACGCUCCGGACCGCGUGCAGUUCCGCUCCAAACAGAACGUUGACUAUGCCUUCCUGCUCAACUUCUGCGCCAACCUGUCGCGUUACUAUCUGAUGCUGGAGGAUGACAUCCACUGCUCCAAAUCCUUUUUCACUGCCAUUAAGAAAGUCCUGACCUCCAGGGAGGGAUCCUACUGGGUGACCCUGGAGUUUUCCAAGCUGGGAUACAUCGGGAAGCUUUAUCAGUCCAGCGAUCUUCCCAGGCUGGCCCAAUUCCUCUUGAUGUUUUACCAGGAGAUGCCUUGCGACUGGCUCCUGGUUCAUUUCCGGGUCUUGCUCACUCAGAAGGACGUCAUUCGUUUCAAACCGUCUUUGUUUCAGCACAAUGGGUUUUACUCCUCUUUCCUGGGCACGGCUAAUCGGCUAAAAGACGACGACUUUGAAGAGGAUUCCAUUGAUCUCCCAGACAACCCUCCAGCUGCAAUCUACACCAACAUCAGCACGUUUGAGAACUACAAUCCCAGCAAAGCCUACAGCAACGUGGACGAAUAUUUCUGGGGCAAGUCUCCGUUGGUGGGGGAUUACUUCACCAUCGUGUUUGUCAAACCCGUGGUGUUGACAAGACUCCGAAUUCAAAGCGGCACAGAGGAGAGGCAGUCGGAUAUGCUUCAUGCUGGAUUGGUCGAACUGGGAGAAGACCCAGCACGGAUUAAAGAGAAUGUGGAAUGUUCCAGCUACGUAAAACUGGGGCGAUUUGAGAACGGACAAUUUGAGAGCAAGGAUAUCGAUAAAAAGAUUCAUUCUGCAGUGUCUUGCAUAAAAAUUGUUGUAACAGAAAGCCAGAAAGAAUGGCUAAUCAUUCGAAGCACAAGCAUUUGGACCAAACAGAGUAAAGCAUAGCUGAAAAUAUCUUUGUGUUGCUACAUUUGGUUACACCCUUUUUUCUGGCAUGCUGUACAUUUUCACAUAAUGAGCUAUUUAUUUGUAUAAGGACAUCAGGAAAGUGUAAUUCUGUACAAAGUACACAGAUUGCUCAUUAGAAAAUCACAUGCUUCUCACAUCUUUAGUUGUGUGAAUGCCAGAGUUUUUAUUAUUAUUAUUAUUAUUAUUAUUAUUAUUAUUAUUAUUAUUAUUAUUAUUAUUAUUAUUACUAUACUGUUGAACAAACUGUAUAUCCAAAACAUCCUAAUGCCUUGUGCCUUCAUGUUUUUAAUAUACAUGUUUUCCUCCACCGUCUGUGGGUGCAACCCUAGAAAAUGAUUUCUGAAUUUAAAAAACUAAAAUCAGGUGUCUCGGCAUCUGUGCCUAUUACAUUACACAGCCGCUGAAGGAGGGCAUUAUGAAGGAAAUGAAUUUCCUUAAAAAUGAAAAGGAACCAAGUCCACCCAUACAGAAUUGUGGAUUUGUACACCGUUACAUCUGCAUUAGAAAUAGGUUCUGCUACUGCUUUUCUGUUAGUAAAGGAUAGGUCUUUUUUUAUGUCUGUCCGUCAGGAACCAGGUUUGUAACUAACCUGUAACUGUCCAAACGCUCAUCCAAAUUGGACCAUUGGCUCAAUAAGAGAGGCUUGGGCCUGAUCCGAGUCAGUGGUUUCCCACAAGCCUCGUGUGGGACUCAGUUUAGACGGGUGGACUCCGUGCCUCAGUUAGUUUGGGAUCUUACGCACAGACACACAGCUGAACGGACAUAUUCUAUUAUACUGUGCUUCUCGUGAGCACAGAUUCAGCGUUCUACAAGAAUACAUUCAAUGCCGAUUGUUCUUUUACUAAUUCCGGAACUCAGGAAUCCAUCCUUCUUCUAAUUCCGGAACUCAGGAAUCCAUCCUGCUUCUAAUAAAUCAUUGGGAUUGUGGAGAGCUGUUGGCGUUCUUUAUAUCCUCUUUCACAUCUUGUUGAUUCGAUCCAGCUUCUCUUAAGAGGGUUACUAAUUGCAAUGUAAUGUAUACUGUGCAACACAACAGGUGUACUGUUUGUCCUUGAUCUCUUCGACCCACGCUGUCUACUUUUGGGUGUUGGUCAACUCCUGUGCGAGAACGAGAACAUUAAACACGCCCCUGGGGGAGCAUCCUGUACAGUAUUUCCAGCUGGCAGGGUUUCAACAUCGAGAAAUUGUCUCUCCCUCAAUCGUUCAUUUUGUCAGGCUCUGCAGUUUACAUACCAUCACGCUGUCGGAGUAGUUCACUGGAAGCAGGGCUUCUCUCUACAGCCAAGCUUUCACUGGGAUGGGUUUCAAAAACUCCCUGUGGCAAAAGCACAGCAAAGUGAUCAAACAGCGAAGGGCCAUGCAGUUAAACCCUCUGAAUAAAACUCCUGCAGUUAUGCAACUGAUAUCACUUUGGCAAGCAAAACAGAAAAAAAGAUUACAAGGUUUCUGCACAGUAUUGCAAGGGCACAUAUUAAAUGGUGCAAUGUAACUUCCUGCCCAUUGCACUGGGCAUGCUUAACACCUCCAAUUGCUUUGAAUGUACAGUGCACUAGUAGACUGUACUGACUGAAUGCAAUUGUAGAACCUGUAGCUAACCCUGGUAAAUAUUGAAAAAAUGACCAUACAAAUAUAUAUAUAUAUAUAUACACUUUUAUAUGGCAAACACAAGGAGCAAAAACAAAAACAUAAUAAUGAAAAGGUUUUGUGAUUUAACUUUUGAUGCAAUAAUGAAACCGAUCUCUCUGUAAAACCUGUAUUGUGUGUUUACUUGAAUGUAUUUUUGAACCUGGUACAAUUUCCUUUUAAGGAAUACUCAGCCUUAUAAUUGACAGCAUUGCUAUAACAGAUGUUCAGGAUGUUAUUAAAGGCCAAACCAAAAUGA